AUGGCAAUCAUGCAGCAAACCUCAGCACUCAAUGGAAAAAGUCCCCAGCGUAUGAAAGGUGUCAAUAAACACCUCCAUUCACAGGGAGCAUACACUUUUCUCACCACCGGUAGCAGAAAGCACACUGGCGCUUUGAUGAAGAACGGCAACUCGGUCGACAAGGCCACUGUCAAGCAUGAGCCAAGCAUGAGCCGGGUUCCCCGCAGCGACAAUGAGGCUAUUCAUUCUCUGUCUUCCAAAUAUGACCACCACACUCUGUUGGGACAGAAACUACAGAGCAUACCUGAGGGUUUUGCCCUGGGCGGCUUCUCCCAGGUCGACGGCGCUGCCGGAGACCCAAUCAUGCCGCUAGGCCCUGGUAACAUACGAAUCCCGGCCAACCUAGUCAAUUCGUUCAUCUUGGUAGACGCUGGUCCCACCGCUCCCGUCUUCGAGCUUCCUCAGGCCCCCGAGCAAGCUUCCAGUACUAUUGCUAGAGCCUUCGAGCUUGCUUAUGUCGACAAGCCGCAUCACUCCGACCACCAUGGCUAUGCUAUGCCUUCUGGCUCUCAUGGCCUUUCUGCCAACCAUCUGCCGGUCGGUAUCAAGGAUGAGUUAGUCUCGUCUGAGUUGAUCAAGCCGGCUAGCCUCGUCAUCCCGGCUGCUGUCUCUGAUGCUCCUGUCACCAAUGCAGCGGCUCCAAAGGCUGCCACCAAGCAGGGCAAUGGCAUUGAUUCAAAGCGAGGCCACGACAACGCCUCUGACUCUAGUGGUUCAACUACUCCCGACGCGUCCAGUACCUCUAACGAAGACGUCGAUAUCGAAGAGCAGAACGACGACGAAAAUAGCGAGACGACCGGUGAGGAAGCUCCAGAGGACUCGGGUCACGAUUCUUCCGAUGGAGAGUCUCCCGAUGGAGAUUCCUCCGACGAGGAGUCAUCGGAUGAGUCUUCGGACGAAGAAGACGAUGCGACCCCUGGCCUGGCCAGAGUUCGUGCCCUCAAUCUUCCCCCGGGCCUCGCCUUCGUUAGGGUCAACGACGGCAAAACCCGAUGGCCCUGCAACCAAUGCCAUCGCGACUGGUCCCGCAGAGACGAAACCCGUCGACACUUGCGGAAUGUCCACUACCCCAGACUGUACAACCGGGACAUUCCGAUCCAGAAGGGCUUGGAGCAGGCCAGACUAGACUGUCCCUGA